AUGCCAGCGAUCCUCCUGCGCAGUGCUGCGCGGCGGUGUGGCAGUACCGCGACGCUGCUGGGACGACGGCGCCUGUCGUCCCAAAGCUUUCAGAUCUCCAAGAAGAAUGGAGAAUGUAUACAGUUCACGUCCACGCUUACCGACACGGACGUGCUGCUGGCCCUGGGCGCAGCGAGCUCGGCUUUUGCACAGCACCUCCGAGACGCCGGCACACAGGGCAAGUGGUCGCGGAAGAUGCGCAGCUGGGCGCACUACUUGGCCCUGCAGCAAAGGUCUGGCGAGGGCACACCCAGAGAGGAGCCCAGCAGAGAAGUUCCUGAGAUCGAUCCGCACCAGCCGGUCGUAGUGCGGGUGGACAGCAGGGAGAAGAAGCUCAUCGAGAUCUUGCGGGAGUCCUCCUCCCUGACCUUUUCUGUCGAGACGUUGCGUGUUGGGGAUAUCAUCAUCGGCACCUGGCCGUACGAGAUCUACAUCGAGCGCAAAGCCAUCCCCGACCUGGUGCAGUCCGUCUACGACACGAGGCUCCACAACCAGCUCGGGAACAAGCUCUACCACACGGACUAUGAGAGGUUCCGUGCCGUGGUGGUGCUGGAGGGCCGCUUCGAGCGGUUGAGCCAGGCACCGCAGCAGCACCAGGACAUGGAUGCAGAUGCGGCGCAGCGUCUGUACCAGAGGAAGAGGCGGCUGGCGGUGGCCACAAUGGUAAGGCUCUGCGUCCGUGAUCAGAUCUCUGUGCUACGGGCCUACGACAUGGCCGGCACCGCGGAGAUCAUCGGCGUCCUUGCCGAGGAGUACCCAAAGUUGGUCCAGUGGUCCCCGCUGCAAUACAGCCAGCGCAAGGACAAGCCCUUCCGACCCCGUCGUGGCGAGGAGCCAAAGGAUGCCCUCGUCAGCCAGCUUCGCUGCAUCAGAGGCGUGUCGCAGGAAUCGGCACGCCAUGUUGCAGGAAGGCAUCCGACGAUGAAGAGCUUUCUGGAGGCUUUGUCUGCCGAAAAGGAUCCUGUGCAGUGGCUGAUGAGCAACGGCACCUUCGAGAAGAUCAGUAUGGUGUUUUGGUUCCGCGACCAAUUCUCCAGCCCUCGCUUGCGCUCUCGACCCACCGCCGCACUGCUUGUGGAGGCACUGAUGGGUGAGGAGGCGUUGCAGCAGGAGAACUUCCUGAACACGCUGAAGGCCGGUGACGAUGACGCAUCGGUAGAAGUGAAGGGCCUGAAGGGCGUGAGUGCUGCCGUUGCAGCCGCCCUGGCGCAGCACUUCGGCACGGCGCACGCCAUGCAGGAGGCGCUGAAAGGUGCCGCCGACCCGGCCGCAGUGCUGGAGGCCGCCAUCCCCGUAAAGCAGGGGCCCCGGCUCGUCCAGAAGCGGCCACGGAGAAGGCUCCCCCCCUCGGGGCGCGCAGCGCUUGAGGAAGCCUUCGGCGGCGAGGCGUCCAGGGAGGCGCGUGCCCUACGCGCGCGGCUCCGGGCGGUGAAGGGCAUCGGGCCGACGGCGGCCAACAGGCUGGUGGAGAGCUUUCCGAGCGAGGCCGCGCUGGCGAAGGCGCUGCUGAGCUCCCCAGUAGCUGCGGAUCCUGCCGGCCGCGCCAUGGCUUUGGCACCAAUCCGCUCGCGACCAGCUGCCAUGAGGUUGGUGGCCGCUUUCCUGGAUGGCCGGGCUUUGGAGGAGAGUAGCCUCAUCGACGCCUUGAGGAGGUCGGGGAUCGCCAGUGGCAGAGCUGCCGAGCUCGUGGCCUCCGUCAAGGGCAGAAGCAGAAGGGCGAAGCUGCGAAAGAAGCUGGAGAAGGAGCAGACUGAAGCAGGCGGAUCGCUUGGCCUAACGCCUUCAGAAGUGAAGAAGGCACUGCGGCGGCUGGAAUGCCUGGAAGAAGAAAGCGCGAUCAAGCCGGCGAUUCCUGGCUUUGGCAGAGGAUUUGGCCGCGUUGGUGCUGAGGGCGCGCCAAGGCUCACGUUCCCGCCGCUGCAGCCAAAGUUUGCGCAGCUGCUGCAUGCGUUACUCGUGCGCUUUGACCUCGCCUUCACCGUGCAGGGCUGGGGCGAUGAGCGGCGCGUGACAGUGGAGGCCACGCGGUCCAGAGGACUCCUGCCGGCCUUGCGCUGUGAGCACUUCCUGUCUGCUGCAGGCCUCACCCAGUGCCCCCGCCGCUUGGCCGAUGUGGGGGCGUGUGAGGUGGAGGCCGCCAGUUUUUCAGAGCCGACCAGAAGGGCCGAAGACGAGGAGCCCUUCGUUCCCGAGCACGAUGACCGCGAGAAGGCUGCUCCCACCACGCCUGUGAAGCGUAAGCGCGACCAGCAAGGCUACGGCGGCGGUGGCGGCGGAAUGCGAGGGUGGAGCAGCGAGGAGGAAAGUGACGAGAAGCCUGCCCCUGCUUCCAAAGCAGAUGCGCGAAGGGCCCCCAAGGCGGCGAACCAUCGCGUCACCCGAGGUCGGGGGUUCUUGUCCGAAAGUGAGCAGGCUGCUGCGGCGCCACCGUCAGAUGAGGACGCGCCUAUCCGCUGCAGGCUGCGCGGCGAUUACGAGCACUAUGCGAUAGACCCUGAGGAUACCUGGCGGCCACACAGGAAGCCCUACGUGGAGCUGCUCUCCGAAGCUUGGGAGUUCUCUCACGCCUGGAGCUUCGAACCGGAGCACAAUCCAAACCGGCCUGCGCCUCCCAAAGGGGACCCAGGAGGAGUCGCGACCUUUCGGGUGGAGCACGCAUCAGAGCGCAGCUUCUCAGUGGCCGUGGGAGGCCAAUCGCAGGACAUGCGUCGAUGGCUGUCAGGGCGCAGCGGUGCCGGCGAGGAACCAUAUGUGCUCGAGCUUCGCGUGGUCGAGGAAGAGAGGCGCUGGGACUUUCGCUUCGGGCGCGUGUCGAAGCUCGGCUCGGCGACCUGGAGGCCGCUGCUGUGGUCCUGUGAACGUCACACCAUCUUCUGGCUGGCUUGUUUCGUCGGCCGCGAGGAUGGCAAGAACUACCUACAAGCAGGCCUGGACAUUUUUCCGGAGAAGCGGUUCUUCUCCGCCCGACUUGCGAGCUUUCCGAAGAUGCUGGGAUUUGGUGUGCCAGCAGGAUCUCCCGGACCUUUCUUCGUACGUGACGUGGUCCUCUUUGGCCGAGGUGCUCUGCGUGCUGCCCCGUUCGCUGGCCGCGACCACUUCGUCGAGGUGCCCCUGACGCGCCGCCAAGCGGAGGCCGCACUGCGCAAGGAGAAGCUGGCGGUGGAGGUAUUUGCCCUCAGCGGCGAAGAUGAGGAAGAGAAGGAGACCCGGGAGGACCUCGGCAGGACGCCUUGGCGCAAGAUGUUCUCCGAUGGCAUCCUCGACGCACCCGCACCGGCGGAGGCCAAGGAGCCUUCGAAAGCCUUGUGCUUGGUGGCCUGCGAGUCCAGCGAGAAUCCCCGGAUCCUGGCACAUAGCAGUGCCCAGCUCCCCAGUUCCCCAGUGCCCAAGAUGCCCAGCUCCCCAGCACGCGGCGACUGUCGCAAGAAGGGUGAAGGGGCAGGCCACCUUGGGGUAAAAAGUGCUGUUACUCUGCCCGCUCGCCGGCUUGCGGUUGCCAACGAGCCUUCGAGCAGAAGCCGGCGUAAGUUUGGCAACCAGGUCGUGCCAGGCCUUCUGAAGGUGUGGCCGCCGCCCGAUGCAGGUGCUGCAGCCGAUGGCGUGGAGGCGCUUGAUGGCCUGCAGGGUGUUGGGGGCUUCAGGGUCUCGGGGCGGUUGUUCUUCCGGAGCAUACCCCGCAUCUUGGAUAAAGGCGCGUUCUGCUGCGGGCAUCGCCGCAUUGAGGCCUUGGGAGUCGCCGCGAAGCAGUUCCUGGAUUCGCAGGAGAAGGCACCAGAGCCGCGGUUUGAGCUUGCGAGGUUCAUUGGCUUCGGGGCGUUGCAAGCGCUGAGCGCCGAAACUGUGCGAGAAGUGGGCCUCUUCAAGGAGCUUUACACUUUGUGGUACUUUACUGAGCACCUGAUCCGAACGACGCGCCACCUCGAGGGAUCGCGCAUCGCGCGGAGUGCGGCCAUGCCCCCUUGGCUUGAACGUUUCGAAUAUGAGGAGUUGAGGCGGAUGAUCCUCUCAGGAGUUUUAGUUUUCGCCGAUACAGCUGCGCAGCUGCUGGCUCCCAGAUCAAGAGCAAGCCUAGCUGAUGCUGACAGAGCGGUGUUCUGCAGAACACAGAUGGUGCAACCACAGCCAUGCCAGAGCAAUGAGAACCCCCGCUGCAUCGCCAGAAAGAUGCUGGGCAAGUGCACGGAUGCUCGUCGUGUAAACAUGAGCUACAGUGUCUAUGCAUACACCUGGAAUCCUCCUACCCUAUCCAAACAGCCGAACGCCUUCUCCAAACACUUGCGUGGACUGUCGUCGAGACCCGGGAGCUACAACCUGACGCGCCUCGAGGGAAGCAAGACCUUGUUGGCGCGCUCCCGUAGCGCCCGCCACCCGCCCCACGCCACGCCCCCGGCCGCGCGUGCGGCUGCCGUGCGAGUGGAAGCAGCGGGCCCAGGGCGCUGGCUUCGCAGUGGCCACAAGCUACGCCAGCUACGCGCUCUGGAGGCCGCGGACGUCUUCAGGGAGACACGCCGCCGAGAAGGACAGCGACCUCAGCACGUGGGCAAAUGCCGGGUGCACCUCCCGUGCAGGGGUGGAGUUUUUUUGGGUGGGGGGCUUCAUCCCGUGAGGUGUGACGACACUGGGUGCUCAAUCGAAGUACAGGACACAGACCGCGGAUUCCUGGGUGGCGGCGAGCGCGCCCAGCUCUGGGAGGACCCCUCCGCCGAGUUUGCCUCCACCGAGUCGGCGGAGGUGUCGCGAUUCUUGUUGCGGCCAGCCGACUUUGCCUAUUCCGUCACUGAGGUGCGGGUCUUGCAGAGCUUAGGCCACUUGCUGAAGCUCUUUCCUCCCAGAUUGAGCCGCAUGGUCUCGCGCUACGCAGACACUCCUCAAACCACAAAGCUAUCCACAACGGGCGAAGCGGAGUCCCAUCACCUCCUUGCCGCUUUUGUGAAUGGUUUGUGA